ACUUAUGAAAAAUGAGAGAAGGAUAAAUGUUAAUGUAGGGUUUUGUUGAAGUUUUCAUUUGCUUUGAUGGGAUGGCGUAUUUGGAUUUGCUUUGGAUGGGUUUAAUACUGAGGUUAGUAAGACCAAAUUAAGAGAUACCUGCCUGCACUGUAUUUUGAGUCUUCAGAUCACCACAUCUGGUCUCUUUUUUAUAAAUUGUCCCCACUUUCAACUAGCCAGUGAUUUGAUAAAAUUCUUUGUCCAGUAAUGUAAACUGAUGGAUAAAAGGGCAUAUUUACGUCACUAUAUCGUGAGAACUAGCACUUACCAAGAGCUUACUGUAUGCCAGGCAUCAUACUAAGUGUUUCCAUGUGUAUAAAUGUCUCUCGUCACACUGUGAGGUAAGUAUUAAUAACCUUACAGAUGAUAAACAGAGGCACAAAGAAGUAAAGUAAUUUAUUCGGAUUAAAACUAGAAUUAGCUAAGAUCAAACUACAAAAACUUGGUAGUUUGAACCCAGAACUAGUGCACCUUAACACUACCUAUGUUGUGAGUCUUAGAAAGCCUUCUCUGUUUACAGCCUUCAUUCAAGGUCUUUUGAUUACACACAAUUUCAACACGUUUUCCAAGCUAAAGAACUUCACUAAAAGCAUCUAAAACAGUGACUUUUUCUCACAUUAUAUUGAUAAUCUAAUGUAUUCUGACAGCUGAAAUAACCGUGGUGUACAUUUUCUGAAGGCUUCAGCUUGUGACUGUGCAGCCCUCCUUCCAAAUCCAGGAAACACGUUAUCUACAUUUGUCUCGCCAGGUGCUCCAAUUAUGGAGAUUCUGGCCCUAGUGUCACUUUAGCACGUGCCGGGGAGCACACAAUAGAAUAGACCUGCACAUCAGUCAGAUGGCAGGCAUGGUCUAUUGAUGUCCAGGAUUUUCUGCAGUUGUUCUAUGGCGUUAGGAACUAGUUAAUUUUCUAGAAUUGCAUAAUGCAAGGAAAUAUGUCAUUCAAGAAAUGUGCCUUGAGUACUCCAUCUUUACAAUUUAAGGAGUCAAAGCAGGAAUCUGCACAUCAUGAGUGGUUAGAGGGCUAGCAGGAUUUUUGGGGAAAUGAGAAAGUCUAAGGGCUUUAAUCACAGAGGUUGCAUCUGAAUGUUUCAAGUCCACAAACUUUAGGUGGUUCCUUUAAGAAGUGGAGGAGCUGCAGCUUCCCGGAUGUGGAAGAAUGGCCCGCCUCUACCAUCUGUCACAAAUUGUAUUGUGGUACUCAGUGACGCUAAGCAACACCAAUGGUGGGGAAUAGUUUCUGGGUGGGGCUGCGCCUGCGCCGCCUGGAAGCUCCUCCAACGCUUGCGCUGUAGGAACUUCCCAGGGUUCCCUGCGCAUGCGUACCGCUGCCAGGCCCGCCACCUUUCUCAGGUCGGGGCUGAGACAUGGUGCUGUCAGAACUAGCGGUGCGCCUUAAUUGCGCUGAGUACAAAAACUGGGUGAAGGCUGGACACUGCCUGCUGCUGCUGCGCAGCUGUCUGCAGGGCUUCAUCCGCCGCGAGGUCCUCUCAUUCCAUCGCGGACUGCUCGCUGCAGUCCCUGGCCUUGGUCCCCACGCCAUCUGUCGCGGUGGUUCCCGGUGCAGCCCGCGCGCCCGCCAGUUUCAGCCUCAGUGUGUGGUGUGCACAGAGUGGAAACGUGAGAUCUUGAGGCAUCAUGUCAACAGAAAUGGAGAUGUGCACUGGGGAAACUGCCGGCCUGGCCUCUGGCCUGUGGACGCUUGGGAGGUAGCCAAGGCCUUCAUGCCUCGAGGACUGGCAGACAAACGAGGACCUGAAGAAUGUGAUGCAGUUGCUCUUUUAAGUCUCAUCAAUUGCUGUGACCACUUCGUGGUUGAUCGGAAGAAAGUCACAGAGGUAAUUAAGUGUCGGAAUGAGAUAAUGCACUCUUCAGAGAUGAAAGUAUCGUCUACAUGGCUUCAAGAUUUUCAGAUAAAGAUCCAACAUUUUCUGAAUGAAUUCAAGAAUAUUCCAGAGAUUGAAGCAGUACAUUCCAGAAUAGAACAGGUCUCAAAUCGACUGGAUGCGGUGAAAGAGUUUUUGAAAAACAACACAGACCUCAGAAAUGGCCUUACAGAAGACAUGCAGAAGCUAGACAGUUUCCAUCUACAGCAUCAAAAACAAAUUUCAAAGGACACUGAGAGUCAGACACCUGAAAGGAAGGCUUGAGGUCAAUGGCAUUAGACUGCUUCGGUCACCUUUGGACUUUACUGUAUUCCCAAAACUGCCUACAAGAAAUGCUCCAUGCCAAGGCUCAGCAAAGAUGAUUUCGCGCCUUUACCUGAUCAGCUGCCUCCCAAGAUUGAUUCUGCAGAGAGUGGGUGGAGAGAGAGACUGUAUUCGGCAUGUAUUUUGACUGUAGAACCCAAAUGAACGUAAAUGUGCCUGCAGCGUGGUUAUUUCAUUUCCUGGUCGCUGUUUGAUUUUCAGUCUUAUGUUUUCUUUCUUCCUUCAUUUGUUCUCCCUUCUCAAGUUACUUGGGAAGACUUCAAGAGUAAAACAAGAUUUUGUACUUAUUUUGCAACUUUGCCAAAGCAAAAAACCAAACAAACUAAUGAAAUAUCUCCUCCCUUCUAGUCUGGGGUACAAAACAUGAAAUCUUGAUUCACUAACCCAUGAAGACCUGGUUUCUAAAUGUAGAAAGUUUAGGAGCUGAACUUUUCAUUCUACACCCGUGUCUAGUCAGUUUGUCCUUAUCAAUCCAACACACAGUUAUCAAGAGUCAACCCUGUGCCAGACAUUGAAGUAGAUAAAAAUAUAAAAAGUGGUGAAGUCAUAUCUUACUGCUUUUAUCUUCCACUCUGACAAACCAAAGGUAUUGUUCAGAAAACAAUUGAUGUUCACCACAGCAUUGAUACCCAACCACUAGUAGAGAGGACCUACCAAAUAAGGCAUAGAACAUCUGUACUGUGUACUAUGCCACAUAACAGGUAGAAAGAAUAAUCCCAUGCUACCUUACAAUAAUGUGAAUUGCCUAUAAAACAUCUUAAGUCAAAAAAACAACUGAGAGGGUGGGAUGGAACUCAGUGGUAGGGCACUUUCUUGCCCAGCAUACAUGUUGCCUUGAAUUAGAUCCCCGCUCCACUGCCAAAAGCAAAUAAAUAGAAAAGCAAAGUUUUUAAUAGCACCUAGCAUGCUACAGUGCUGUUUGUAUAAUAACUGAGGUCUGGAAAGUCUGUCUGCUGUGUUAUGUCAAUGAGAGGAUUUGGGGCUGCGGAGUAGUCAGAAGAAAUUUAGCUUUUGUAUUUUGUAUAUUCUUUUUAUAAUAAAUAUGUAUUAUGUAUUUUGAAACUUCUUACUACAGUUGUUAAUUUUGAAACAAGACACAUGAGUAACAUAUCUUAUUGCAAGCCUUCGGUGUCAGAUUCCAUGUAAUUUGUUGUAGCCUCCUUUUUAUGUCUCCACCUCCAGGGGUGCUUCCAAAUCCUAGCACCAGGGCAAGA